GGUCAAGCAAGAAACUAAUCCCAAUCACAGAUCAUUGAAUAGAUGACUUGUACAGCGAACAUACCAUAUGGGUUGGUCAAGAAGAGUAUAUCACGACGAUUGUAUAUACGUCUAGAUGGGACCACAUUUGUAAACGACAAAUAUGUGAACAUUAUUAUAUCCGAGACAGAAAAGUGAGCAAAGAUGACAAUCCAGAAGAUUAAUGGCCAUCUUCUCUCGUAUCAGGAUGUUCUAUGAGUUACCUUCUCCAAAGACUUUUCUCAGCUUUUCAAAGUGAUUAUCUUUAGAGAGGGUAAGAGUCCGACCACGCUGUGCAACUUAAAUGCUACGUCCAGGACAUGAACCUUCAGAUCAAUGAAUCUUCGAAAUAACGACAUUUUCGAGCCCAAAACGAACCUUCGGGGAAAAAACGACUGCCCUCCCGGAAUAUAAAUGGCUACAAGAAAUCACUGUAGAUUGAAUUUGCCGCUCCCAUUAUGGUGAAGUUCAUAUUUGGCUCCUUGUGUAUACAAUAAUUGGAUCAUAUUACACUUUGACGUUGAUACCAGCACAAUUCUUUUUGGAAAUAUGAAAUGCACCCGCUUUAGGUUCUAGGACGUGAUUCGGAAGUCAUAUUAUCAACGGCAGGAGUUUAACGUAGGAAUUAUAUGACAGUCACACCGUCGAUAUCAACACCAGAUUGACAACAGAAUCGAAAGUACAAUUACUAUUAGUAUUAAUGGCCGAGUAUCAAACUUUAUUUAGAGUAGCUUUGGGGUCUCUUUGGAGUCCCCUCGGUAGUACGUGACUGGAUGGUUCGACCUGAGCACGAUAUGCUCGUAAGUAAGCAAUCAGGGGACUGACGAAUUUGUGUCCUCUCCGAGGGACUUGAUAAUGAGGAUUAAUAUCUUACCAGAGGACGCUAGUGCAUCGCUUUGAUUUCGAACCAGAGACAUCCCGGCCUUAUAACACUGAUCGAGCCAUCGUGCUUCUUGGCAGAAAUAAUUGACUAGAUGUCAAAUAGCAAUAUUCACCAUUGAGCUGCCGGCUAUCUGUUGUGAUUUCUGCCAGAUUAACAGAGUUUGUAGUAUUUAAACGGAUGUGGUUGAUUAAGGAGGUGUUGGCAACAUGACUUUCUGAUGCUAAUCGGCAUGAUUUAGCGAUGAUGAUGUGAUAUGCGCUCUCCAUGAAAGGAAUAUUGCUAUUACAGCUACUCUUUUCAGACAUUAUCCGAAGGAUAUGAUUAUUGUAUUUCUUGAAUUGUUCAUGGUACGUAGUAUCGCACUUUCUCUCUCAUGUAUGGUUCAUGAGUGUAGUUCGAGUUAAUUCUUGGUACAAGUAAUGCUUAUAUCGUCAGGAAAUCGCUACAUUCUGAAACGGAUUGAGAUGUUUCCCGUUUGCAGUUGGUUUUAGAACACAUUUUUUUUUUUUGCUGUGAUGUUUUGUCCUUCAAUUGACACGAUCUCCACAUACGAAAGAUAUGAAAUAAGAUCAUAUCGAAAAAUAUAUAUAUAUUGAGUUUAACCUUCGCUUAGUGGGUAAAUAAGAUAACGUGCAAAUGACAUAAUAUUAAAAUAAACUCAACACCCGAUGAUGGUGGAUGUGUAAGUGCAUUUUCAACAUUUUCCAGAAUGCCUUGAUUUUCGACAACGCCUUCAGUUGCAAACCUAACGGACUUGGCGAAUUCAAAACCUAAAUGAGCAAUGUUCUGCAUAACUGGGUAUUUCCGUUGUAAUUGCAUCCCGAACAGUUUUAAAGGAAAUUAUUCACGAGUAAAACAUCAGGCUAAUCAAGGACCAGAUAUGUUUAGAGAGGAGGACGUAUUGCUGUUAAUUGUGCCAAACGUUAUAAUUCUCAUCGUCGGCAUCAUUGCUAACACACUGGCUCUUAUCGUCAUCUGUAGGACGUACCGCACGACUGGUCAUUCCUUAAGACUGUCCGUACCGUCGUUGCUAGUUAAGGCACUCGUCACCGUGGAUCUAUGCAGCGUGAUCCUACUCCUUGUCGAAUCAGGAACCGUUAGCGUGCUGUUCCCCGGCACGGCGCUCAAGUGCAAUAUGGAUUACACAAUUCGCUUAAGCGUUGCCUAUGCAUCAGGGUUCAUCAACGCGGUCAUGUGUUUGGAAAGAUGCCUCGCCUUUCGUGCACCAUUUUUUUACCACGAUCAUGCGACUGUCUUCAAAGCGAAAGUUAUAGUGGUCAUUGUGAUCGGUCUCUCCGUGUCGCUCAGUGUUCUUCCUUUACUCGGAGUCGGGGAUUACGCGGCGGACACGAUGACGACGCCGGCCAACGCGACAGUUGUUGUCUGCACGCCUCCUGGCGAACUAGGGUCCCGUAGCGACCUCGGAAAUAAGAUUUUCAUGGGAAUUUACAUUACAGUCGGCGCAUGCAUGUUGUCAACCAUCUACAUUUGCAACACGCUAGUCAUGUUGACGCUUCGAGACCUUGGUAGAAAGACGGCAGGAUUAGAACAGUUAGCUCGCUAUAUUCAUGCAGGAUCGUUGACAUCGAGUAGGCCACCUCAUUCGACAACAGACUUGGAGACUCAGGUGACAGUUGUGAAUCCCAACGAAGGUGGGACCAACCAAAACCUCGAUGAUAGUUCCUUUGUUUAUACUAAAGACAAGGACAUCUUGCCGAAAGUGGACCCCGAAAAGUCGAAAGCUAGAAUUGGCAGGGAGAUUCGUCUAGCCUAUACGGUCUGUGUUAUUUCAGUGGUCUUUACGAUAUCGUGGCUACCCUUUUAUGUCCAACGUCUUCUCAAAGCUUUCGACGUCAACCAGCCCAACUGGUAUCUUCUCCUGGUCGUCGUCCUCCUCGUCAGCAACCAUGUCGUUGACCCGUUCGUCUUCGUGUUCAUGAAGCAGCAGAGUCGAGACGCACUCAAGGACCUCUGCAUGAGGUGCGUGUGCUGCCGUAAAUGUUGUGCGCCACCCGCAUUAUCAGAGCCUUCAAAUCUGAGUGGAAAUGGAAGACGGAUUCGUGGUGCAUCGAGACAAGAUAGUGGGGUCGUAGUGGUCACCGACCCCAUCCCUAACCCCGCCCAAAUCCUCGCCCAAAGCCCCGCCCAUAACCCCCAUCAGGACCACGCCCAUGACACUUCAGAUACUAGUAAUCCAUCGCCAUCAUGACGUCACCUACCCUCCCCGAUGCUCCACCUCCAGUACCAGUGCUGACGUCAUGUACAUCAAAUAAUUUCGGAUAAAACUUUCGGACAUGGACAUCGCAUGAUCUCCUCCUCUUCGAGGAGAACGACGACGACGGUGAAAAUUGACAUCAGAUUGUUUUCACAGAUAAUGAACAAUAUCACUCAGUGGAUGAUGUCGGACAACCGGACGUCACCGACAUCGGUCAUCGGUGAAUGGCUUCAUGGACGGCAUCGACAACAUCUUGUUAUCCUUGAGAUCGAAAUAUAGCUGAAUAGCUGCAUCGCCGGCUUCGAAAUAUCUUUGCCGGCUGUGACAAUGCUGUGUCGUCGAAGGAUUGUUUCUGAAAUGUAGACUUAUCUUAAAAGCGUUAUCAUGGUCAUACAGUUCCUUGGGCUAUUCAAAGUUUUAAAAGUUUUGCAUUAAUGCAAUAUGCAGAACAAAAGUACAAUGCUGAAAUUCAAUUCAUUCAUUCACGUUUUGUCAUAUACAAUGUAUAUAAAAUAAGACAUGACAUUAAUUUAUCUCCCGUCGGUGCCUCUAUACAAUACAAACAUACAUGUACGUUCAUUGUGGACCAUGAUCUUGCUUGUUGAAUAGUUAACCGCCCCUCCCCCUUUUUUAAAUAUUUAUUUAUACUGUUUUAUACUCAUGAAUGUAAAAAUCAGAAAUGCAAUUUUUUAAUAAUGACAUUUUUACUGAUAGGAUAUACGUUUUUUAAGUUUGGGAUGCUGUAACUCAUUUUAGGGCAAUCAAGCCGAAUUCUUGUGACAUUUUAAAGGAUGUGUUAUAUAAUGUCCGCUGUUAUUUUUAGUGUAUGAUUCGAUUUAAUCAAUUUUAAGCUGUCUUAUGCUAAAGUGUAAAUUAUGGUUAUAUUUCAUGCGAUACAUUUAGAUUUAUUUUGUUAAAUUUAAAACAAAAUAUGUAUACACAUGUGCAAUUCAGCCACUCGCUGCGAUACAUGUUUGAAUAAAACCUUUAUUGAUUUGAUGUAUAUAGGCAUAAACCAUGUUAACAUGACUUUUUAUGCCGAAGAGCCAGAAGGUUUUUAAGUACAUGCUGAACAAGAACAAUUUUUUAUCAAGGGUCCAUUACUCCGAACUGAAAUAACUUGAAGCUUCACUAUUUACAAUAUCUGAUGCUUUAUAUAAAUCAAAUUACAAUCAUUGUUAUCAUUAUCUAGUCCAAACUGUCAUUUUUUCGAAGGCAACUUUGUCUAAAGGUCCGGAAUUCCUAAUAUGAAAUAGUAUUUAUUAUCCAGGAGAUUCGUUAAUCUGACAAAUAGAACAGGGUUUUAUUGCGCUUUACGAUCCUGAAGCAAUUAUAUUAAAAACACGCAGUCAGCAUCAUUACUCCAUUUUACAUACAUUUUAGAACUCUUAGAUUAUGCAAUGAAAGUAUUCUAAUUUGCUAACGCACAUGUAAUCAUAAUCAUAUCUUUAAAGAGGCUGACUUUAUAUUUCACUUUAACUCUGUACGCUUGUUUGAUAUUUAAAGAUGUUACUGAAUAUAUCUUACUUUAAACGAAUCAACUGUAAUGAAAUGGGCAAUAGCAUUUUUUAAUUGCAGUAAGAAUUUCCUGUUCAAGAUUAAUAUUUUUUCGUUUCUGCAUGAAUCUUCACAACGAAAUACAAAAUGUCAUAUUUAUUGAACCAUUCACUUUUAUAAGCUGUUUUCGUGUAGAAAGCAUUAAAAAGAAUUACAAUACAUUUGGCUCGACAAUCACUUUGCAAAUUCCAUUUUAAAUGAGGUUUAAGUUAUUAUUCGUAGUUGCAUAAAAGUAGUGAAAAUAUUCUUUUGGGUGCAUGAACUAGUGUAAUUGACCAAGAUACGACUCAAACCAAGUCAUUUCUCGAGCAGUAUACAAUGUAUUAAACAAUUCAACCUCAAUAGGCCACCCCCCCCCCCCCCCCCACUUAUGAAGUGAUUGAAUAACAAAAUAUUACGAAACAAAAACUUUUAAACAAAUCUUCUUGAAUAUUCUUCGUGAUAAAACAUUAUAUUGUAUGGCUUUAUAUAUUAGUGUUGUGCUUUUUGAAGAAAAUGUUAAGCUUGUAAAACUUGCAGUUGAUGGUGACUAAAGUUACAUGUCACACGAUUCGUAUUUAAUAUAACAUACAGUAUGUGCAUAUAUUGAUAAAUGCUUUUGAUACAAACUA